AUGGGCGCGUGUAUGUCGGACGAGCCCAUCCCUGUGCCGCUCCUUGUUGCGCCGUCAACGCCCAUCACGGCCGUCGACCCGAGAUUCGUUUUGAAGACACCAAUGCGCCUGCACGCUCGCUAUGACUGGUCCAACGAGGGACGACCUUUUUGCAUCAAGGACGUUGCGACCGGUGCGCCCUACUUCAUUGUCGACGGCGCGCUUGGGCCGUGUCACAACCGCAAGACGCUGCGUGACGCCAAGGGCGUCGAAGUCGCAGUGAUGGACGAGCCGUGGACAUCGGGCGGACGCCGUGACGUGUCGCGCAUCAACAACAGCGGCGAGGCCACGUCCCUUGUCUUUAGCUUUGACACGACAUUCUUCUUGGUCUGUACUGACGUCCGAUGCGAAUUCGUCGACUUGGUGACCAAGCAGCGUCAUGAGCUGACGGGCUCGGGCAGUGUCGGGACUUGGAGCAUGGUAUUUCGCUGCGACGGCCACGUGAUCGCGACAUUCGAGAUGGACGCGACGCUGAGCGACAAGUAUUUCUUGCACGUCGCGGCCGGCGUCGACUUGGCGCUCAUUGUUCUCUUGCUCACUUUUCAAUUUGAAGCUUUGAACAACAAGAACAAGAACAACAUGGGUGCGUGCAUGUCGGACGAAAACGUUAUCGCGACGCCACUCGUCGUGCCACCGACGCCCAUCACGGCCGUGGACCCCAAGUUUGUCUUGCAGUGCCCGAUGCGCCUCAACAUCCGCCACAACGACUGGGUCAACUCGGGCGAGUUCCGUGUCAAGGACGCCGCAACGGGCAUCCCGUACUCUUCUUGGUCGACGGCGCGUUCUGAACGCUCGUUCUCGCUCGGUCAUCGCGACGUUCUGCGAACCAACGGCCGCGGUGAGGCCACGUCGCACAUUUUUGGUUUUGACGUGACCAACUUUUUUGGCUCUACGGACCUCACGUGCGAAUUCGUCGACGUGAUGACCAAGCAGCGUCAUGUACUGACGGCCUCGGGCAGCGUCGGGUCCUGGAACAUGGUCUUUCGUUGCGACGGCCACGCAAUUGCAAAAUUUGAAAGCGACUGGACACUGAGCGGCGACAAGUACAUUGUGGACAUCGCCCCCGGUGUCGACUUGGCGCUGAUAGUGCUCUUGUGCGUCGGGGUGCAAGAGGCCUCCGAGUAG